AGACAACCACCACCAUCUGUGCAGAGAAUUUUUUUUUGGAAUAUAGAGAGAGGAGGAAGGGGUGAGAGGAGCGGUGGGAGAAUUGGAGGCAGGAGAGAGAGAGGAGAGUAAAGAGGCCGGCUUCCUCCCUUUCCUCGGUUGUCCUCUCCGGCAGCGCGUGGCCCGUCGGUUUCCUCCUCCUCGAGUCAAUCAACGACCACCGACCGCCAUAGCAGCCGAGCUUUUCGCCCGAGAGAGCUUGAUUGCCAAGUAGCAAGCAAAGCAGGCAGCUAUGGCCACCGCCGCCGCGAAUGCCUCUCUCCUGUCCGCCUCCGCCUCGUCAAUCAAGGCUCUGCGAAGCGAGCCCUCGGGCCUUCGCCUCAGCUCGCCGCUGACAACCUCAGCGCCGUCGAGCAGGGUGCUUUUCGCGCCAAAAAAAGCCGCGAAGAAGGGGAAAAAUGGCGCGCUUGGCUCCCAAUGCGGCUACCUUGGCUCCCCCACCAACAUCAUCUUCGUCGUCUCAACGACCUUGUCGCUGGUGUCGGGGCGCUUCGGCCUGGCGCCAUCUUCCACGCGCUUUGCCACAGCUAGCAUGAAAUUGGUCGAGCGGGACUCUGGGAUGCAGAGCGGGGACCCCGCAGGGUUCACAGCGGCUGACGUACUUGCCUUCGGCGCUCUGGGGCACAUCAUUGCGGCCGGGAUCACCCUCGGACUGGCGGGACCACCACCUGCCAUGUAGACAGAGAAAAGCUGAUGUGGCGAGCGGACGUGGCAAGGCUGAAGUGGAACAUGAUGGGGAUGAGGAAGAAAAUGAAGAGAGUGUGCUGCACCUCCCCUCUAGUCGCCUGAGGAGGACAUACUCGCACGACGACUUUUCUCAACGUACCUGGCCGUCCUUCCGACCAGAUUCAGUCGAGAGAAAGUGCGAGUGUGAGUCGCAUGGACCUAGCAAGCUCUGUGCUGUCCUGGUCUUCUGAUUAGUCGUUAAGGGGCAAAGAAAUGAUUAGUGGUCACAAAGGGCCAAAGACACUGGAAACGCUAGACGAUGGCGCAGGAGGUUGAAGAGCGGUGGGACGAGAGAGAGAGAGAGAGAGAGAGAGAGAGAGAGAGAGAGAGAGAGAGAGAGAGAGAGAGAGAGAGAGAGAGAGGUGGUAAACAGCAGUGUAUAUUUAGUUAUUGAAAAAGACAAAAGAAAAAAGAGAAAAGAUUUCGGAGAAGCCGUCUAGGAAAAUGUAGCGUUGAAUAAGGUUUCAGAUAAGGUACCCUGUAGAUAUUCUUUUUCUUGAAACCUCGUAAAGUAUCGCACUUCCAUUCCCCUGCCUUUGCUCCCUUAAUCGCCACUACUUCCUCUCGCUUUCCCUUUUCUUUAUAAUUCCAUCUUCUUCCACCCUCUCGCGCUUGCAUUAUAUC